UCGCGUCGAGGGCGGUGAGGAAGGAAAACGGUGGGGGAAAGUGAGGAAAAGGGAGAAAGAAGGAGGAGGAAAAAUCGGGGGCGAAAACGCCUGGAACCACGGCGAAAAGUAACAGCGUGGCCGUCUAACCGUGUAUGGACCGUCGUUUGGCGGAUUACAUGAUGAGGAGCGAGCCUGUGCUUUUUACAUCCAGCGGGGCAAUGGAGGAGUUGGUGUACGAGCUCCGGCUGUUCCUAGACCUACUGGACCGGGAAUAUCUAAGUGCUGGAAUCCGUGAGAAGAAAACGCACCUCUCCAACAUCCUCAACAGAGUCCUGUCGGAGAAAGAACCAUUAUGUAAAGCAGAGCUCCACAGUGGACUUCCCGCGCCGCCUCAGAUGCCGCUGCCUGAAAUUCCUCACCCCUGGCUGGCUCCAACUAACGGGCCUCCUCCUCUACCCAGCUCCUCGCUACCAGAGGGUUACUACGAGGAAGCCGUGCCGUUAAGCCCCGGCAAAGCACCGGAAUAUAUCACAUCGAACUACGAUUCGGACGCUAUGAGCAGCUCCUACGAGUCAUACGAUGAGGAAGAAGAGGACGACAAGGGUCGGAAGACACGCCACCAGUGGCCCUCCGAAGAGGCCUCCAUGGACUUGGUCAAAGAUGCCCGGAUCUGCGCUUUCCUGCUACGCAAGAAACGCUUCGGCCAGUGGUCCAAGCUUCUCUGCGUUAUUAAAGAUAACAAACUUCUGUGUUACAAGUCGUCCAAAGACCACACGCCCCAAAUGGAGCUGACCCUGUCAAGUUGCAGCAUCACCCACAUCCCCAAAGACGGGAAAAAGAAACGGCAUGAACUGAAGAUUGUCCAUCAGGGGGCAGAUGCCUUGGUGCUCGCCGUGCAGAGCAAGGAGCAAGCUGAGGAGUGGCUCAAGGUCAUGAGAGAAAUGUGCGGCAACGGGACUUUUGAGUUGGAUCGCUCCGGAUCCCCAAUCCACAAACCUGAACUGGAAAAGAAGUCCUCAUGUGACAGGCCAAGCUCAGACGGCGAAGCGCCGCACGAGAACGGACACGUCGACAACAAGGACCACGGAAAAGGAAAGAAAAAUUCCAAGUCAGAGCAGGGCAAGACCGGGACUGUUGGGAAAGGCGCCGGGAAGAAGAUCACCAAGAUCAUUGGGCUGGGCAAGAAGAAGCCAUCGAUGGAUGAGCAGACUUCAUCAGCAGAGGAAGAUGUACCCACGUGUGGCUACCUGAACGUGUUGUCCAAUAACCGCUGGCGGGAGCGCUGGUGCCGUCUCAAAGACAACCAGCUGCUGCUGCACAAGGACCAGGAUGACCUGAAGAGCCACAUCGCUUCGCUGCCCCUCCGAGGUUGCGAAGUCAGCCCCGGCCUGGACCACAAGCAUCCUUUUGCCUUCCGCUUGUUACGCAAUGGUCAAGAGGUCGCAGUACUGGAGGCAUCUUCCUCUGAAGCCAUGGGUCGCUGGCUGGGGGUCUUACUGGCCGAGACGGGGUCCACCGCAGACCCGGCCACCUUGCAUUACGACUACAUUGACGUGGAGACCACCGCCAACGUAAUCCAGCUGGCCAAACAGUCCCUCUGUUUCACCAGCAAGCGUGCAAUCUCGCCAAAUCCGUACUUGGACAACCACGUCGGCAGCUAUGCCUGCCCCAGCGGGACGGCUCUGCACUAUCAUGACGUACCCAUCAAUGGAAUGCACUCCACUCCAGGCACAGGUGGGAAGGAAGCGCACGAUGAGAACUCCUACGAAAACGUGCCCUCAGCCAAGCCGACCGUCUCGACAAAUCACUAUAAGACACCCGUCUCUAAAGUCUCUUCUAAGUUCCUCACUGCCGAUAGUAAAACCAAAGCUGCUGCUCAGUUUAAGGGAAAGAAGGGAACCACAAGCAAUGGGUUGGCAUCCAAACAGAAGGCAGAUCCAAGAAGUCAGCAAAAGAAGAACGGAGUGACUGGAAUGAACGGGACACAGUCACUGAAACGCAACAACUCCACUGGGGAGCAAUGUAAAUAUGGGAAAAACCGCGUGGAGGCGGACGCCAAGCGGCUGCAGACCAAAGACGACGAGCUGACCAAGAAGAAACUUGACCUCAGGAACCAUCUCGCCGCUCUGAAGAAGGAACGCAGGGACCUGCGCAGCGCCAUUGAGGCGGCCUCGGGCAAGCGAUCGCAGGCCUCGCUGUCGGAACGGCUGAAGAAGGUGGAGGAUGAGUGCAGGCAGAAGGAGGAGGAGCGAGUGAACCUGGAGUUAGAGCUGAUUGAGGUCAAAGACAGCCUGAAGAAGGCCCUGAGCGGAGGUGUCACACUGGGCCUCACCAUUGAACCCAAAGCUGCUCCAGCUGCAGUCCAGUCACCAGCGUCGUUACGACGGGUGCAGGAGCCUUCGCCCUUCUCCAGCUGCGACACCAGCGACACGGAGACCUGCUCGCUGCCCGUGAACAGCGCCUCGCUGCUCCGCCGCCAGCAGGGCCUCCCCAAGGCCUCGCCAGUCCGCGGACAUGUCCUGAGGAAGGCCAAGGAGUGGGAACAGAAGAGUGGAACAUAAAGCCCCCCCACACACACAACUUGCUCUUAGGUUCUCUUAUUUAGGAUACAUUGCCUAUGUAUUUAUUUGAAACAGUCCUUAAACACAUUUUUUUUUUUGUUUAACCAAAAAAAAGCAAAAAGAAAACAAUGCUGGUUCUCAGACACUUUUCUACUGUUGAGCAUGCUUGUUGUAAAUACUGUUACUGUGCGUAUUGUGUUGCCUGACUUUCUUUUUGUGCUUUCCAUCCAAAGUCUCUGUCCACAUAUUCAGUCCAAAUCCAAUAUUUAUUUGUAAAUGUUUCAAGGAAAAAUGUAGACGCUUCCCUCUAUUUAUGUUGAUCUAUUUAAAGUAUAUAUAUGUAGAAAAGGAAUUUCGUUACACCCUGCAGAUUUCCCACAUUUGGGGUUGGACCCCCGCGGGGGAAGCAUUUUGGGUCCAGCCCCAAAUUUUGGGAAGCCUUCUUUAACGUGUCAAUACUGUUGCUUUAUUUGGAAUGCUUAGGGCUCUUGAUUGCUCUCUUCCAAGAAUUCCAAGCAGUCUGAAAAGAAAAAAAGCCACAAAUACCUAUCCCAGCUCCAUGUACUUUGUACAUUCCGUUUUCAUUUUAUUAUUGAUGCAAUGAUGCAUUUGUUUAAUUUGAAUUUUGUGUCACUAUAGUCAUUUUAAAAGAAACAAAAACUUGAUUUUACAUUUAUACAAGGAAAAAAAUGUUCAGAAAGAAAAAGACCACAUUAAUAGAUCAAGCUGUAAUUGGAGGAUUUUUUUUUUUUACAAAAAAAUGCUGCAUUAUGAUGAAAUUGCGAGAUAAGAGUUGUAAUUUUAGAAACAAGUGUAAUCCACUCCAAGUUUGCAAAUGUUGCCAUUCAAAAAUUCAGAAUACACCAAAAACAGUGCCAGUGUGUGCUCUCAAUAACAACAAAAGCAUCCGAUUUAUUAUAUAGAGUUUUUCUGGACACUCAGACGCUUUAUUCAACAAUAAUCAAGGUUUUUUUUUU